AUGUCGGUAAACUUGGAGUAUUCACAGCGCUUAAAUUCCGACCUUAUCCAGAUAGAUGCCGACCUUAUCCAGAUAGAUACCGACCUUAUCAAGAUAGAUUCCGACCUUAUCCAGAUAGAUGCCGACCUUAUCCAGAUAGAUGCCGACCUUAUCAAGAUAGAUGCCGACCUUAUCAAGAUAGAUGCCGACCUUAUCAAGAUAGAUGCCGACCUUAUCCAGAUAGAUGCCGACCUUAUCCAGAUAGAUGCCGACCUUAUCCAGAUAGAUGCCGACCUUAUCCAGAUAGAUGCCGACCUUAUCCAGAUAGAUGCCGACCUUAUCCAGAUAGAUGCCGACCUUAUCCAGAUAGAUGCCGACCUUAUCCAGAUAGAUGCCGACCUUAUCCAGAUAGAUGCCGACCUCACAAAUAUAAGUAACAAUAAUGUAUGUAACCUGGGCUCAUAA